GGUGUUAGCUACCAGGAAUUACACUACAUUGAUGAGAAAACAAUCUUCCCUAUUUAAGAGCAGUGAAGUGGUGACCUGCAGACAUCAGUCUGCAGUGGACUUGAGUCCACAGACAUGGAGACCACAGUGCUGGCACUGAUGCUUUGCCUGGUGUUACCUUCUGCAGUGGAGUCCCAAAAAUCUGGCACAAUUCCCCUGAGUAUGAUGGACCAAUCGGUUGACGACAUGUACGACGGCUGCAGUGAUGCAAUGGCUAAAAAGGUCAAGAGGACGUACUUCCCCAGAGAGAAGAAGAAUAAUCAGUUAUUCAGCAAAGCGUGGAAGCAAGCAGAGUCCUGUGCAAAUAACAAAUAUAAUACAAGAAAGAACAAGAUGCUGACCAAAGAUCAGGUCCAAGCUUUGUGCGUCUACACUGCAGCGUGGCCUAAUGUCUAUGAACCCUUUAAUGCAGCAGUUCGAGUCAGUGCAGCCAAUUAUACCACUAAUGCAUUCAAAUACCACGCUUUACACUACUGGCUGGUUUCUGCUUUACAGAUACUUAGAAUUAACAAAGUAUGCCGUACCACCUAUCGGAGAAGCAAAGAUACAUUUACAGGUCAAAAAAACCAAGAAAUCCGAUUUGGUUCUUUCACCUCAACUUCCAAAAACGCCAACCUGACGACAUUUGGUACAGAGACAUGCUUCCAAAUUACGUCCUGCUUAGGCGCUUACAUAAAAGAUUAUUCGGCAUUACCUCACGAGCGCGAGGUGCUCAUUCCUCCUUAUGAAAAAUUCAGAAUAAUGGAAACUGCGAAAAGGUUCCUACCAAAAUCUGAGAAACUGCAAGCAAAUCUUUGUCCUGAAGAAUGCAGGACGCCUCAGUAAACUCAACUGCACGGCCUCACGCAAACAAUGGACUUUUAGGUUUAAAUGAAGUCAGAAGAAUCAGAAACAGACGUGGGAAGUAAAUACGAAUACUCAAGUAACUACAACUGAGUAGAUGUUUGGGGUGUUUUUACUUUUUGUGUACAUUUUUAAUGCUGUACUUUCACUUGUAAUCAAGUAUAAUGUACUUAUGUCAUUGUAAUUAGUUACAAGUACUGUCUCAACAAUGUCUCUGCUCCUUUCAACUCUGCUCUACACCUGUUCCGAUUGGCCAGAGCUCAGAGAAUAUACAGAUUACAGUUUUACACUUUUUGACUGAUAGCUUUCUGUAUAAAAGGAUCUAUAAUGCUUCUAAAUUGUAUUAAAACUUAACUAGAAAAUGUUACUCUGUGUAGUAUUUCUCAUGCAUACUUUUUUGCUUAAGUUCAUUUUUGGCAGUUGUACUUGGAUGUGAAUCAUUAUUAGCCAUGUAGCUGUACUUUUACUUUAUUUUCUUUCCACCACUGAACUGUUACGAGCUUUGAGAUUUUGUUUUAGUAACCCUACACAAGUCAUGUUGAGAUCAAUGUAAUUGUAAAGCAAAUAGUAAUGUAGAUGUGUGACUUGACUGAAAAAUAAAUAAAAUAUUAACAUGG